AAUCAGAACACGAUAACCAUGUAACGCUAAUAUCUGCCAAAUGUACCCUGAAGUGCUCAACGGAACUUUCCGCCAUGGUAUGUUCGGUGUUUUUUACUGCAUUACACGUGCUUUGACAAAAUGGAAGACGCGCUUGACGCAUUCACUGUGCAGCGGCCGUUGCGGCCAACGCUUAACCGCCAAGGGUACUGUUUGACCCAUCUAGAUCCCUACUGCAAAGAGUUUAUUGACCUUAUGCGGCGGGAAGCACCCGUCCUCCCUGUAGCCGAUUUCGGUUGUGGCUACGGGUUUAUGACAUUGCGGUUGUUGGAAACGGGCUGUGAUGUGAUUGCCAAUGAUCUGCAUGAGCCCCACUUGGUGGAACUGCAUCACGAAAAAGCUACACGGUUUCCCGAAGCUUUGCGAAUUAUUCCCGGUGAUUGUACACAAUUGACCUUUGCCUCCAAUAGUUUAGGCGGCAUCCUGGCAUCACGAUGGAUUCACUGGCUUACCUCAGCGGAAGCCAUUCGGGAUAUCCUGAAGAAAUUUUAUGAUUGGUUGACCCCGGAUGGUGUUGCAUGUAUAACGUGUGGGUUAUGCGCACCAGCCGCGACACCGGCAGCGUAUUUGGAGUAUUUACGAAAAAAGGAGGCGGCAGAAGAGUGGCCGGGAUGGUUGUCCAUGUCGGGCGGGGAUAUUAAGGAGUGGAUUACCAAGUUGGCAAAUGCGCCGGAUAUGUAUUACGGAUUUGAUGAGGAUGUGUUGGUAAGGGAAGUGGAGUUAGUUGGGUUUUCGGUGGAAAAAUGCGGCUUGUUUGGUACGGCCGGAGUGACCCCUGGCAGCCAACUGGAGAACAGUCAUGUUGGCGUGGUCGCCAGAAAAGUGCUCACUGAAAACGCUAGGAGAAUUAUUUAGUCAAAUGUCAAAUUGACGUUUAUGCAGUAUUGUUUGUUACUAGGUACUAAUUUGUAUGCUGUUGAGUUUGACAUAAUCCAUUAUCGCCGUCGCUGCGCCCGUCAGUGAUAUGCUGAGAGUAUUUUGCUUGUGCUACAUGGUGUUUUUUCGCUUGUUUCUGUAAACUGUUCUAUGCGAAAUGCGUGGGAAAACCCAUUAAUUAAA